UUAUUUCAGAUAGUUAACAAGUCUUAAAGCCCUUUAGUUUUAUGGCCUUUACAUACAUCAUUUUAUAAAGAUUUACAUGUUCUUGAAUUAAAUUCCAUUUCUUCACAUGCAUGAUACUGAUGACCAAUUAUGCUAUAUGGAGGGGCUUUUUUUUAUUUCCAAUUGUUUGUAUUUAAGUCUUAAUGCCCCUUAAUGAAGUCUCUCCCAAAAUGUAACUCUCUGGAUACUUGCAAUUAAAAUCCCAAAGUGCUUUGGCUCUGCUGGCUCAGGCUAAUAGGAGUUAUAGUACAUCACAGCUGGAGAAUGAUCACCCAGUUUUCUAGCUUAUUUAUUUAUUCAUUUUGACACCACCAUUAAUUUGUUAGAAACCAAUCCUAGUUUCAUUUACCUAGGAAACUCACAGAGCACAGUAAGAUUAAUUUCUGAGCAAACAACUACUAAUGAUUUUGAAAUGCAGUCUUGUGCAACAGACUAACCCAGCUUUCCAGAUCUAUUAAAAAUCCGCCUAGACUUAUUUUAAGUUUGCAGGAAUGCCUAAUAUUUCCUGAAAGCAUCUGGUAAUAAUUUCUUUCUACUCCGUUUCCCCCUCCACAUGGAAAAGCCUCCCCCUUUCUCAAGUUUAAACGGAUCUAGCAAGUUAAUUUAGAAAACACAAGCUGAAAAUGCAGAAGGAGCGACUUGAAAAUCAGAAAAUCUUCUCAAACCCUCGUGACCUCUUCCAGCAAGCAGGGCAAAAAAAAAAAAAAAAAUUAGCAAUGAAAAGCAACCACACGCCGCCCGUGAGAGCGAAUGAAUGAAGACAACCCGGUCCGGCAGAGACGGAGGGGCAUGGCGUGGCUCCGCGACCGUGCUUGGAUCUUCGCAGCACCGAGUGGGAGAAUUGAUUACCUUCGAGGUUCAGAAAACAGGAAGUGGGCGGAGCAAAUGGUUAUGACGUACCUAGGGGCUACCUCAGUUCAACAAUUCGGCGGCGAGGGGAGGUUGGGCUUCUGGGCACGCGGCGGGUGUGCGCCAAAGGAGGCGGAGUCUGCUCCUGCCGCCGCCCGCCUUCGUUCUUGGUUUCUGGCCCUCCCCCUCCUUAAAGCGCGGCCCAUCCUCCCACGAGCCGCAUUAGCGGCGGCGCUUCGGGUGUCAGGCAGCGCCAUUGGGCGGAGAACCUGCGCGCUCGGGUUCCCUCUUUUCUUCCUGCCCGCCUCGGCUGGUCCUGUGACUGGAGGCGGCGGAGCUGAGGCUCCCAGCCCGUUUCUUUUGCUCGCCCCUCUGGUCCUAACCGAGUCUCGCUUAAGGGCGCCGUCGCCACCACUUCAGUUCCGAAAUGUUUGACAAGACGCGGCUCCCUUAUGUGGUGCUGGACGUGGUCUGUGUGGUCCUAGCUGGCUUACCCCUUGCUGUUCUAAACUUGGCAAAAAUAAAGCCGUAUCAGAGGGGCUUUUUCUGUAAUGAUGACAGCAUCAGCUACCCGUUCCAUGACAGUACCAUCACAUCUACUGUCCUGUACACAGUGGGGUUCACUGUGCCCAUUUGCUCUAUAAUCACAGGAGAGGCCCUUUCGGUAUAUCACAACUGUUUGCACUCUAAUUCAUUUGUGAGAAAUAGCUACGUUGCUACUAUUUACAAGGCUCUGGGAACAUUUCUUUUUGGUGCAGCUGUUAGCCAAUCUUUGACAGACAUUGCCAAAUAUUCAAUAGGUAGACUGAGGCCUCACUUUCUGGACAUAUGUAAACCAGAUCAUAUCAACUGCAGUCUUGGUUACAUUGAGAGCUUCAAAUGCCUUGGAGACAAAGUAAAGGUUAGCGAAGGAAGACUGUCAUUUUAUUCUGGACAUUCAUCAUUCUCCAUGUAUUGCAUGCUGUUUCUAGCACUUUAUCUUCAGGCCAGAAUGAAAGGUGACUGGGCAAGACUUUUGCGUCCUACAGUCCAGUUUGGACUUAUUGCUGCAUCCAUUUAUGUGGGCCUCUCCCGUGUUUCUGAUUACAAACAUCACUGGAGCGACGUGUUGACUGGUCUCAUCCAGGGAGCACUGGUAGCAACCCUUAUUGUUGUAUAUGUCUCAGAUUUCUUCAAAGAGAGAGGCCGUACAUUUAAACAGAAGGAGGAGGAAGAUUCACAUACAACUCUACAUGAGACACCUACCAACGGAAAUCACUAUGGCAGUAAUCACCAGCCAUGAUAUGUUCAAAAGCUAUUAUCCUGUGGAAUCUCCUCCUAUUUAACAGGAAAAUUUCACAAAAUUUCUGGUCUAUGUAAAAAAGAAAUAAAUGCCUUUUGAAGGGAUUGCUGCUGCUAUACCUCUUAAGUACUCACUUUACAUGUAUAUAGUUAACAACAAUGUAUUUAAAAACCUCAAAUUUCUAUUGGUUCAAGCUUAUGCUUUUUAACACAGUAUCCUGACUAUUUUUUAAUUAAAAUAAUAUGUAAUACUUAUUACAAACAGCAGUGGAAUACAUUCAAAAUAAGAAUCUGUCUUGCUUGGGAAGAGGAAGCACUGGUAAUUUUAGUAGCUCUUUUUUGGAGUAACUGCUGCAGAAUGAAGGCUGUUCAGACACCACACAUUCUUCUUAUAGAUAAAGACUUGCAGCAAA